AUGGUAGCGGCUUAUUUGCUUGGGGUGUCUGUGCAUCUGCUGUGCUGCGCUGCUGCUGCAGCACGGGGACAGCAGCAGCUGUCUCCGCAGCAGCUACGUGAGGCGGCCCUCGGAGCCUUCAACGCCACCUUUGAUGCCUCUAUGUUUCUCCCCAAGCAGUUGGGGUCCGACGGCGUUGAGGUGUCUCGACCCCACGACAUUUGGCUGUCUCCUUCGCUGCACCCUGAGUUCCCCUUCACAGCUCCAGGGCCCAGCAGCAGCCUAAGGGUGGAGGUGGCGCUGCAGCCGGCGUGGCUGCCGCUGCGGUUGGAGUUACACCGCAAAGAGGAAGCGGGUUUAAGGCGAGCCCCAUUCGCUGUGUCUGAAUAUACGGAGGGGCGGAUUUUGCUGCUGUCUCGUGACCUCCCUGGUGGGGACUACGUGCUGAAGUUUGUUAUAUACGAUCAGGCACAGCCGGAAACCGAGCGCCUCUGCGCCCACGCGACGAUCAACGCUGAGCUAGGGGAGAAUAACUCAGCGCUGUUAAAUGCUGUGCGAGCGGAGUUGCUGGAGGUGCCCGACUUGCUGCCCAUAGAAAUGCCCCCCAAGUCUCUUAAUAACAGGGGAUGGCUGGCGGACCCGGACGUGCCGAUCUUCGCGACUUCUGUGUUUUCGUUUCACGGCGAUCAGCAGCAGCAGCAGCAGCAGCACCACCAAGACAAGCAGCUUGUUGCUGCUGGUGGGGUUGCACGGACGAGUUUAAUUGUCUCCAAGCCGACUGUCUUCCGCGUUGCUGCUGAACCCGCUCUUGCCUCUGAUGCUCAGCUGAAGAUACGCGUCUUCGCAUCUCCCAGCAGCAGCAGCAGCAGCAAGGAGCUGGUGUCUGCGCCUUUGCCGGCUACGGGUGCAAUAGCAGAAGCAAAAGAAAACAAUCUCUUCACGCUGCUGCAGCCAGGCUCUUAUCUCGUUGCCUUUGAGGGGUCGGAGCCUUUCCUCACGACUAUUGGAUUGAUGUCUAUAGAUGCACUGCAUGCGGCUUUGCCUAGGGUAGAGGGGACUGGUUCCUCUGGGGCUGCAUGCAGCCGCAGUCUCCCUCGGGUGUCUAUCCCUUCUCCUCUUCCUUCUUCUUUUGAAAGCGAGGAGUUUGUCUUCAGUGUAGAUGUUGCAGCGCUGGAGGAGACAGGAGAAUUGCUUGCAGUGCCGCUGCAGCUGGCUGUCCCCUCUGUGGUGUAUGCGGAGGUCGGGUCUAACUUCGUUGUAGAUUUCGUGAGAGUCGGCAUUGAAGUCGCGGAGGGACUAUGGCUAGGUGAACAGAGGGGGCAGCAAAACUCUUUGAAGCUGCUGCUAGGAGCUGGGCAGCAUAUGCUGCGCGUUCGCCUAGAGACAGACACAAACACCAGCAGCAGCAGCAGCAGCAGCAGCAGCAGCGGAAAUCGCUACCAAAAUGCUCUCCGAGACAAACUACUCGCGGAUGCGCAGGCUUCUCGGUGUUUGCAGUUUUCUUUGCAUCUCUCUGUACACUCCGUGGCGGGUGAGGGGUCUCCCCUAAACCCUUUAGAAGAAUGUUCUGCUUUUGGGGCUUUGCCUCUGCCUACUGACCUCAACACUGUGAGCGGAAGUGGUUCUCUUGGCGAGGAGCUGCUCUUGAAGGUUGGCCUCUUCAUAGAAGACCAGACGCGCAGCAUCACUAUGGCGUUGCAAGACGGCGCUUCUCAAGACGUUGAGGCGGUGCACGACUGGACAGUAGGGGGAGGCCACCGCGAACGCAUAUACAGACUCAGGCCUUCGGCCGACGACUCCGCCUUUCAUUUAGUGCUGUCUGGAGACGGAGACAGUUGUCUCCUUUUUGAUUUGUUUAUUCAAACACUUCCCUACCGCGAGUUGGAUCAGAUGAGCAGCUGUACCGGCUUGGGGCUGCCAGCUGUCUCUGCAUCGGAGUUCUUUAAAGCUGCUGCAGUACAAGCAGCAGCAGCUUUAGUGUCUCCGCGGAGACACAAAGAAGAAGGCAUGCAGCAGCAAGUUGUUGCUGCACUGCAGCCGCUGCAGCAGCAGCAAGAGGGGUUUCUAAAGACAAUUGAAUUUGAUGUCUCCGAGCCGUCGUUCGUAAUGGCGGAGGUUGGGUAUAAUUUCUUCGGUUCGCACGUUGAGAUGGACAUCGUCACUGCAGAUUCGCAACCCCAAACUGUUGCUGUUGGGGAGUUCGACUUCCUGCAUGCAGCAGACCACCCUGUAAACGCGCGCCAGUGGAUUGCAACGCACCUCGACCCGGGCCGAUUUGUGCUGCGCGUUGCGGACGAUCACUUCCCUCUUCAGUUUGCAAACCACCGCGAGCGAUGUUUCCCUUUUCAGUUUUUCUUCCACAUGCAUGCGCUCAGCAACAAAACACUCAAACCUUCUGUUGUGGCGCUACACCCCGACCCUAGCGUCCCUAUAAAGGCUGGGCAGGACCUUCUGUUGCUGCUGCGUUUGUCUGAACCAGCUGUAAUGAAGGAAGGGUCUCUGGAGGCGAAGGGGGCUGUGCACUUGCGUGGUGCUUCUGGGGUGUACGUAUACCCUGCAGCUCAGGUAAACUUAGAUGCUGCAGAUGGCACCAGCAGCAGCAGCAGCAGCGGUGACAGCGGAGUUGUUUGGUCUUUCUUCUUCCCAGCCAGCGCUCUACGCUCCUUGGGGCCCUCAGCAACUCUGCACAUCGACAUGCAGGCAGGCAGUGGGGCUUCCUUCUCCUUUGAGUGGCUUACCACACGCACCCCGCAGCAGCAGCAGCAGCAGCAGCAAGUAGUGCUGCAAAUAGAAGGAGAGAAUGAAGCGCAAAGGCUCUCUCCCUGGAAGGGGGGGGCCCUGCCAGCCCCGCCGCCGCUGACUCCUCGGCAGCAGCAGCAGCAGCAACAGCAGCAGCAGCAGCAGCAGGUAGGCGGCAGCACUCAUGAAGAGCAGUUGGAAGGAGUUGGUCUUGUUAAGCCGGAGAUGGGUGGCAUCAUCGAUCCAUACAACAGGGCCCAGACGGAGCCCGGCUCUGUCCGCCCUAUCUCCUUAGUCCCCCCGAAAGUGCCGCAGGAGGAGCUGCUGCAAAAAGGAGACCCUGAUGAGCAGCAGCAGCACCACCACCAUCACCACCACGAAGAGCAGCAGCAGCACCACGAGCAGCAGCAGCACCACGAGCAGCAGCAGCAACACCACGAGCAACAGCAUCAGCAGCAAGAAGAAGAGACACCCCACCACGCGGAGUUAAGCUUCUCUCCUCAUGUAGAAGAAAGCGAAGUGGCGGUGGAGUGCCCACAAGGAAAAAUUUGGGAUGAGGAGACAGAGAGAUGCAUCGUUGAAGAAAGCGAGAGCUCAAGCCUGUGGUUGCUGUUUUUAAUUUCGGUGUUAGCUGUCGGGGGUUUGUGGUGUGUCUCCCGCCUCAUCAUGAGGCGGCACGGAUCCGCAAAACGCAGACAGCGCGAUACGGAGUUCGGGCGCUUCGAUUUGUUGCAGAUGGACGACCGCCACCACUCCGACUUCGAUGACGAUGUCUAA